CCGCGCCCUCUGCCGCGCGAUGGAAAUGGAAGCACCCAACCCUUCCACUCCGACUGGCCGGCCCCCCGCCGCCCCGUGUACCCCCACGCCGCGCCGGACGGAUGCCUAGAUCCCCAGCGCACGCAACCCCUCCGUUCCCGGCGCAGCCAGUCAGCCACCAAUAUAUAACUCCCCCCGUCUCUCUCCCUCUCUCCUCCCGCUCGGAUUCCACUUGGAUUCUUCCACCACCACCACGCGCCCACAGCGAACGCAGAGAGUCGAGCCGAGCCGAGCAGAGCAGAGCCGCGCGACCGAUCGAUCGGUCGUGGUCGUGCCAUGGGGCGGCGGCCGAGCGCGUCGGCGGCGGCGGCCGCGGCGGCGGCGGAGCCGCUGCUGCCGUCGGCGCUGAAGCGCGGGGUGGCGAUCGAGCGCUGCGCGUCGCGGGCCGACGACGAGCUGCAGUGGUUCCGCUCCUGCCUGCGGUGGGCGUGCAUGGACCACUCGGGCCCGGCGCAGGCCGCGCUCUCCUGGCUCCUCUUCCUCGCGCUCGGCGUCGUCGCCCCCGCCGCCGCGCACCUCCUCCUCGUCCUCCGCGACUCGCGCCGGCCCUUCUCCGCCGUCGUGCAGCUCUCGCUCUCCGCCGCCGCCGCCGCGGGCUUCCUCUGCCUCUCCGCCUCCUUCCGCCGCGUCGGGCUGCGCCGCCUGCUCUACCUCGACAAGCUCCGCACCAAGAGCGACCGCGUCCGGGUCCACUACACCGCGCGCCUCGCCUUCUCCUUCCGCCUCCUCGCCUCGCUCGUCGCGCCCUGCUUCGCCGCGGAGGCCGCCUACAAGGCCUGGUGGUACGCCACCUCCGCCGACCGCGCGCCCUUCUUCGCCGGCAACGUCCUCGGCGACGUCCUCGCCUGCUCCAUCGAGAUGGCCUCCUGGAUGUACCGCAGCGCCGUCUACCUCCUCACCUGCGUCCUCUUCCGGCUCAUCUGCCACCUACAGGGCCUCCGGCUCGAGGACUUCGCGGGGACGCUGCUCGAGGAGGUCGAGGAGGGCCGGGCUGGGAUCGACCGCGUCCUGCGGGAGCACCUCGACAUCCGCAAGCAGCUCAAGGUCAUCAGCCACCGCUUCCGCAAGUUCAUCGUCGCCGCACUGCUCAUCGCCACCGCCAGCCAGUUCGCCUCCGUGCUCCUCACCACGCGACGCGACUCCGUCGACGACCUCCUCAACACCGGCGAGCUCGCGCUCUGUUCGGUCGUGCUCAUGUCCGGGCUCAUCAUAAUCCUGAGCAGCGCCGCGAAGAUCACCCACCAGGCGCAGGCGCUCACGGGCCACACCACCAAGUGGCACGCCUGCUGCACCAUCGCGCCCGUCCCGGACGAGGAAGGGGAGCCCGGGUCCAACCAGAACUCCAUGAUCGAGCAGGACCCCUCGAGCGACAGCGACACCGAGUCCAGCGAGGAGACUGGCGACGAGGACCUGCUGGAGAACACCAAGAUCCACCUGCCGCAAGCGCACGUCAUCUCCUUCCAGAAGCGGCAGGCGCUAGUGACGUACCUGGAGAACAACAGAGCCGGGAUCACGGUGUUCGGGUUCACGCUGGACCGGUCGUACCUGCACACGAUCUUCAUGCUCGAGUGGACGCUGUUCCUGUGGCUGCUCGGCAAGACGAUCGGCUUCUCGUGAAUGAAAUGGAAGACGACGGUGGGGGGCAAGACGCGUCCAGGUGGUCGUUCGUUCUUGGAAGCUGAAACGAGUUUUGGGUUGCAUUUUUGGUGAAGCUGUGCAUUGUUUGCUGAGUGUGAAAUGGGGAAGGCCUUUUCGUGUACGCGACCGGCUGGCGCGAGUGUUUGUGCGUGUAUGUAUAGUAGCGAUAGCGAAUUUGUAUGGCGUUUGUAAAUUGAGUUGAUUGCCCGUGCAUGUAAAUGCGUGUUGUAGAGUAUCUUGGUUUGCGUAAUUUUUACGAUGUGAAGAUUCUUGGGUUCUUUCUAGUAUACAUUUACAUUGUGGAAA